AUGGCGCAGCCCACGCCCGAAGAUGCUAAUGGCGUCAAGAUACCCGACGGCGAUGCGGGCGAGAACGGCCAUGUCGUUGCGGCGCCCGGCAAGCGAAAGCGCGACAGCGACAAUGGCGACCGGCCCGAGGACGGCGGCGACGAGAUGGAUGUGGAUAGCAAGGUCGAACAGCCCGACGACGACGAUGACGAUGACGACGACAGCAAGAUGCCGGAGCCCGAGGAGGACACGACAAAGAGCAAAGAGGUUAUCAAGGCCUUUGUCGAGGUGCUGCGGAGUUUUGCCAUUGGACCCUCAAUCCUCGGCCGCCCUCUAUCGACGCCGGAGCCGGAAUCUGAAGAUGAGCCCCAUGCAAAGCGUCAGAAAUCGGCCGAGCCGCCAACGAAGCUGAGCAUCGCCGACAAAGUGGCUGCCGAUUCAUACACCUCCCUCAAUGCCAUCGCAGCAGACCUUGCUUCUGCCGUCAAAGCCUCGCUGUCUGAAAUGGACCUCGGGUCUUCGGAUUCUGGUGCAAGAGCUGUUAGCCUGAAAAGGGCCGCGCAGAUCAACGAAUUCCGAGACAGAGCCAUGGAUCUACUCCGCCGCGAAAAAGCGUAUCCCAACACGCGACAAGAGUCUGCACACGAAGGAGUCGAGGUGCAUACUGCAUCCGAAAAGAGCGAAAUGGUUUUGUCGCUAGUUGGCUAUGCGCCUCAGGAACGGCGUUUGUUUUCUAGUUUACCGCUGUCCAAAGAUGUCGAUUUGUCUGACCUAAGCCUCCCGCCUGGCGUGUCCAUCACCCGAGUCAUCCCCUCCAAUUCUCAAGACCGAACGCAAACUCUCGGCGAGCUAUUUGCUCCCCCGCGUCCCCUUCCGCCUCUUCAGCCACCCAAACAGCCAAAGACACAAGCCAAGGGAAAUCGCCUAGACUUUUACCAUCCGCACUUGACCGACAGCUCCCGGUACCGGGGCAACUCCUACUUCAACACAAAAUUGUCCACUGGUUAUUACUUGGAUUACAGCCAGGCGACGCCUUCAUGGCAGACUAAGACAAAGCAGCAUGAGCGUGCGCAAAGUCUUGCCGGCCGGAAGCCCUCGCUUUCCGAAUUAGAAAUGUCCGAAAUGGAGACGCUCUUCCGAGGGGCCUUUUCCACGUUCGCGCCAUGCAAAGAUGAUACUGCUGCAGUAGUGCCGUCUAGCGUUGCCGGCCGGAUUUGGUGGCAGCGUAGUGGCAAGCAGAGCUUCCAGCGAAUGAUUGAAGUGGAAUACUAUGGCGACCUCCAAGAUGCGGAACCCGUCGACCCCACGCGGCCAAUAGAAUUAGACGAAGGCGCAGUGCAAGAAGCCAUUGAGAACUGGGACGAGACAGUUAUCGAUCCUUCAUUAGACGACGUGAUGGGAUCCAAGCACGAUGAGCAGGACAAGGAGGUCGAUGAAAUUCUCGAAGAGGUCAGCGACUUAAUUGAGACGCUAUCUUCUUACCAGCGCAUCCGCAACCUGACGUUGCCCAAUUCGCAAAAUCGCCAGUCAAGCGACCCCGUCAAUGGAGACAUGCUGGCCAAUGCUGGGCCCCAGCCCUCUGAAGAAGAACAGGCCACUUACCUGAUGCUCAAGGCUCAAUUGGCGCUCAUCAUCAAGACGCUGCCGCCGUACGCAGUGGCCAAGCUGAACGGCGACCAGCUUGAUGACCUCCUAAUUAGCACCAAGCUCAUGGUUCGCACUGACCAGUAUAACGGCACUAUGGAUGAGGAUGAGGCGAGCGCUCAAGCUCGCCUCAAGGCGCAGCAGCAAGCGGCGGCACAAGCAGCGCAAGCUAAUGCCAGACAGGCGCAGCGUACGCCCAGCGUUUCCGCCGUACCGUAUCCUAAUCAAUAUGCGGCGGCGGCGGCGGCAAACCAGUAUGGCGCACCCGCUCGGCCUGCCCCUCAGCCUCAGCAUCAGCAGUACUAUCGUCCUACACCAGCUCCCAACUAUCAACAGCCUCGCAAUCUUGGCCCACCAGCUCCUCCUCAGCAAAGGCCUCCCCAACCAAAUCAAUACACUCGUACCAAUGGCUAUCCAAACCAGUAUGCCACCCAGCUUGCUAAAGCCCAAACUCCAUACGGCCAUCAAAGCUUGCCGCAGCAAUAUGCAACCCAACAGAGGCCCAACUAUGGGCAAAUGCCGCAGCAAGGCGUUCCCAACACUCGCUAUAACUUCCAACAGGGCUAUCAGCACCAGCAGCACCAGCCGGGCACACCGCAGGCGCCUGCAAAUUACGGGACGUACGCCAAUAGCCCGGCAGCAAUCCCGGCCAGGACCAUGUCUCCCCAAGUAGGAGCCCGGCAGACAUUUAGUCCAUCGCCUGCUGUACCACAGAACCAGGGUUAUUCAGCACCAGCUCCGACCAUGGCAAGCCAGAUGAACCGAUUUCCUAGUGGGAGCCCCGGAUUGACUGGAUACCAUACCGUCAUCCCGGAAGCCCAGCAGCAGCGGAUUUUAGACCAGGCCAAGGCUCGCGUCGCGGCCCAGGAGAGAUCAUCGGCAAUGUUUGGGGAUAGGCUGUCACAAACGAACACACCGAACUUGUCAGGUAUGGGCCUGGGGGUCAAUAUCGAUGCUAGUCGAAUCGCGGCUAUCCGAGCCAACAUGGCGAACCAGAACAAACCACAGUCCCCCACCCCUUCAAAGCCUGGUGGCGUGAAUGGGACGCCCGGAACGAGCCAUGUACCUUACAAGGUGACUCCUGUCCCAGUCCCCGUCAUCCCUACUCUGCAACGCAAGCCGACUUCAUAG